UGACUUGCUUGACAAUGAGGUUGUCCCUGCUCGUGAUUCUGGUGGAACUUGGAUGGAGUUUGGGCCAACAUAUCCAUCAUAACGCUCCAGAGGGAUUAACUGUUGGGAGCGGAAGUGGAGGUCCCUUUGCUGCUAAUAAUCAUCAAGGAGGUCUUAUUUCUGGAGCCAAUGGUGGAAAUCCCUUUAAUCCCGUUGGCUAUCAAGGAAGUAACGAUCAUCAAGAAAAGUGGUUUAGAGAUAGCGGAGGUCGACUGGUUCGAGUCAGUCCAAUUGGAGGACCCAACCAUCGUGAAGGAGGUCUCAUUUCUGGAGCCAAUGGUGGAAAUCCCUUUAAUCCCGUUGGUCAUCAAGGAAGCAACGAUCAUCAAGAAAAGUGGUUUAGAGAUAGCGGAGGUCGACUGGUUCGAGUCAAUCCAAUUGGAGGACCCAACCAUCAUCAAGCAGGUCUCAUUUCUGGAUCUAAUAGUGGAGGUCCCUUUGGUCAUCAAGCCAAUUUCAAGUCGAUUAAACCACACCCAUCGUCUGCUCAGAAGUGA